AUGGAAUCGAGCCUUACCCGUUCCGCUUCCGAAUACUCAUACUCGCCACAGGGCUCCCGAGGCUCUACUCGCAAUACAACGCCUGAAUUUGAGGCUUCCACAGUACUAAACGGUAUCACGAACUUGCAGAUGAGCGACAGAAAGAUGGACACCUCCCGUGUCGUCUUCUUCGAUUCCCAGAACCCACCUCAGACGUUUUGCCCUCCGGACUAUCCUCAUUCUGGGCAGGCCUCGAUGAGACACAACCUCGCGAACGCUCCCCGCAGUGUCGAUGCCCCGAACUGGCGUAUGGGCAUGGGUAUGGGAGGCGGUCAAGGUCAUAGGCACUUCAACUCGCUCAGCUCGUCGGCCAGCGGCACCGAAUACAUGGUCAAGGGAUCGCCAAUGCAGGAACGUCAGGCUGCAGGCAUGGGAAGAAACACCAACAUAGAUACUUCGGGCUUUUAUGGCUACUGCUUGGCUCGUGGAAAUGGCAACUACACCAGGUUGAUUCCUGCUGACACGCUUCCACCUUUGAUGGGUAUACCAGCUAUCCAGAACGAUGCUGAAGGUUUUCUUGUCCUCCCGUCGCCUCGAGGCGUGGACCCUCAGAGCUUGGCUGGCAGCUCCGUCCAGCCUGUUGUCUUUAGAUCACCUCCGCCAUCACCGGCACCGGUAUCUGAUGCCCUUCAGCGGAGAAUCGAUCAUAUUGUAGCCUCCUCCCCUAACUCACCAAAGAAGCCCAAGAUCUACUGUGACAAGUGGGUUCACGAGGGUGUCUGUGCCUUCACACAACAAGGUUGCAAGUACAAGCAUGAGAUGCCACUCGAUAAAGCAACGCAGCACUCACUUGGUCUGUUCCAUGGGCUGCCGGCAUGGUGGAAGAAGCAGCAGACUGAACUCCGACAACAGCAGCAGCAGCCUCAGCAGCAUCAGGGCAACGGAGCCGAGGCCUACUUUGAUCCUCUUCAGCAAUCUCAAAGUGGCUUGAAAAUAUCACCUGUGAUACGUGACAGGGGUCUUGCUGGCUCGACGAGAGCGUCGCAGUCGUGGCGAAGAGGCGAGGGUAUCGGGGCUCAGGGACAGAUGGGCGCAGGAUCUCUGGCCAGACCCAGUGUAGCAUACAGGAACUCGCCUGGACCGGGAUCUACCUACCAGCAGAACUUGGACUCGCCUACCUCAUCUUGUGUCUGGGGCCCGAUCGGUCCACCUUCGAAGCAGACAUCCGAUCAGAGUCAGAUAUAUCACCAGAACCUAGGUGGCUUUGCUAGUUUCAACAACUUUACUCUGCUGAGCUCUCUCGACGGGAACACGGGUGAGACGGAUGAUGGCCGCAAGUACGAGACCUACUAG